AUGACAACUACCACUCCUGGACUACUAAUUGAGAACCCUCGGACCCCCCAAAAGAUUUUCAACGAUCAAGAGGCUGAACCAUCAAAAGUCCAUAUCCACCGAAUUAAAGACAAUGUGCAACAACACGCCAUCGCCACCCAAAAUCACAAAACUUAUCGCUUUUUUAAAAAUCUUUACGAUUACGAACAAAAACCCGUGCUGCUAAUUGGCAAACAUAAAUUAGACGCUGCCACGGGCCAACAUUUACCUAAAAAUCAGCAAAUAUUCCGUCGCUAUGAUUACCUAACGCAACAAACUACUUACUUCUAUCGCACUAAUGAAAAAUUAGCCGUUCACGACGACUUCCAAGAAUUCUUAAUUACCCGUCUCCUCUUACUCUGUAAAUCCGCUGAAUUUACCCAUAUCCCUCUCGAACAGGACCAGGUCCCCAAAGAAGUCGGCCAAUGUAACCAAUUAAUUUACACUCAUUUUCAGACUAAACCGGUUUUACACUUCACUUUUUUACCCGAGCAAGCCUCGCUCGUGCGGCAAUUUAUCAACCAACUCGACACUUAUGCACAAGAAUAUGAUAUGACAGAAAGCCAAGAAUUUUGCUCUUAUCCUAUUUCGCACGACCAGAAGCACGAAAUUAUCCAACAAAGCGGCGGCACCUGCCCCUGCGACCCCAUUCGCAUGGAAUGUCCGCUGGAAAUAUAUGAGCCUAAUCAGAGAAGCAACCGUGCUUCGCUCUCCCGCUUGCGUGCUGACUAG